AUGAAGGGGUGGUUUGACGCUUUCCGCGAGGAAGGUGGGCCGACCCUAUACGCUUACCACAACCGCACGGCGGUUGCAGCAGACGUUCCAGCAUUGGCGCUGGUCCUUGCUGCUGUGACACUCUACCUCGCGUUUCUUGCUAUAUUCCCCGGCGUCAGGAAGGAGAGAUUUUCCACAUUCGUCAUAGUCACAUUGAGUUUGUUCGUCGGUACUGUCAUUUUGGUCUGUAAACACGGUUCGUCAUGGCAUGUAGCGGGAGCUCGAAUCGCGCGCGCAGCAUACCGCGCCUUCUCUGCGGAACGCCUCGACUGCUGGCUGGCAAUCCACGUCGGUCUUGGACAUGUCAAUGUUACUCUCACAGCGCUCUCGUGGGGCAAUAUAACAACAGGUGACCCAGGCGUGGAUUAUAACGAGCAAUUCCAAUGGGAAGAAGCUGGUGCUAUUCAGGAGUGGUAUCGAGCUGGUCUCUUGCGUGGUCUACCGUACCCUCUGCUGUCAGUAGCUGAGCAUUUUGCAGUGGAGCACGAAGGCUUUGAAUGGGGGGCGAAGUACCGCGCAGCUGGAUACACUACGACAACUCUCCUCUGGACGGCAUUCGCGUUAUGGCUCGUUAUGAAUCUUCUCCUUGUGGUGGUACCGAGGUAUGGUGCGUACGCGAUGACCGUUUUAGGCGUGACCUUAUGCGCGGCAGCUGGAGGUUACUGGGCCUCUUUACCUAUGGAUCCUCUCGUAGUCAGAUUAGAUGGUGCAAUGCUAUUCUUCUCGAUGGGGUGGUGUUUCUGGCUAGUCCUUAUCGCAGGAUGCAUUUGUUUAGUUGUAGGAUUAUUAAUAGCCGCUCUAGAUCUAGUGUGGCCGCACAAAUUCUCUACAGUAUUGGAAGUGGACUAUGACACGCCGUAUGACCGACACGUGCUUAUUGUAGAUAGCCGGCAGAGGGCCAGACCUCAGGCUCAAACGUCAUUACCUUCUAGGAUAUUGAGACGGCUGUCUUCAAAAACUCGAGAUACGGAGCGUCAAGUAUCCAUGUCAAUAGUUAAUGAGAACCGGGAACGUGGCAGAGACAAUCCCGCCUUCCAGCAUGAGCUACGAAAACCUAACUCACCCUGGAGGUAUCCGUUAUUUAGGCGGCAAAUUGACCGAGUCGACUCUGCGUCAAGUAUAGGAUCUAGUAUAAACGGCAAUAGUUCCGGCAUCAAAAUGUCACCAUUAGCAACGAAAACGUCUGCACCUCACAGAUAUCGUCCGCAAAUACCAGCAACGGAACGCGUGAAAGAUAUGUGGUAG